AUGAAACAAGAUGACGAUUCAAUAUCCAGUAUCUCAAAUCUUAUAUUAGUCUCUCCAAAACCAGGCUCAAAUAUCGGAAGGGAAUUCAGUACAUUAGAAUUCAACAGCACCAAGGAAAAUUACACAGUUAAGUGGGAUAAAAGCAAAUUUAGUGGGAAGUAUUUAUUUCAUCCUGAAAGCUAUUGAAAACUGAUCUGAGAUAUUUCACUGCUGCUCUUCCUUCUAUUCCAAGGACUCUAUAUCCCUUUUUAUCUCGGCUUUGGAAUUCCUCUUUCCGGCGCAAUGCUUUAUCUGGAUUUUGUGAUCACAUUGGCUUUUUGUAUAGAUAUUCUCUUCAAUUUCAACACUGGGUUUUUCAGGAAGGGUGCCUUGGUGAUGGACCGAACUCUCAUAGCGAAAAAUUAUUUUUUCUCAUGGUUCUUCUUCUUACUCCUUCAUUUAAUACAUUUACUGAAAAGCUAAAGGAUUCUAUAUAGUUUUAAAAAAAUUUUAUAUAAAUUAUUUUUAUUAUUGCCUUUAUAAAAAAAUGUUUGGGAUUUAUAUGAAUUUUAAGUUUAAAAAAAAAAUUCUAAUAAAGUGCCGAAAGAUUUUUUAACCUAAAAUUAUAGUAAUAGAUUUAAAAACUAAGAAAAAACUCCAAACAAUAAAAAUGAGAUAAUGAAAUAAUAUAUAAGAUAAACUUUGUUUAUUAUUAAAAGAUCCCUAAAAAAACAAUAAGUUUCCGUCUUGUUUAAUGGGGAUAAGUUAGACAUGCUUUCAAACUUCCCUUACAAUUGAGUCAUCAACGGAGGGGUUUUUAAUGACUCAUCAGGUAGCAUGUCAGGCACCCAGAUGGCGCGUAUGGUGAGGAUGAUAAAAUUUGUUAAGAUGCUAAGGUUAGUCAGAUUCGCUAAGUUGAAGAUGCUUUUUGUAAAAAUAGAAGAAAUUAUCGCUGAUGAGCUCUUAUCUGGCUUGAUUGUGUUAUUUAAAACAAUCUUCAUUAUAUUCUUAUUAGCUCAUUGAAAUGCUUGCUUAUGAUUUUUUAUUGGAUCCCAGGACCGUAGUAACCACCCAGAUUCGUGAGUGUCUCAAUUUGAAAAAAAUUAUGCGACUCACUUAACAACGAUGGAUUAUUAUGUUACUUCUCUUUAUUGGUCAUAUACCACCAUGCUUACUGUGGGAUAUGGAGACAUUCACGCAGUCACUCUUGAUGAAAAAAUAGUAGCAAUGAUGAGUAUGGUGCUAGCUAGUGGUUUUUUUGGGUUUAUGAUUGGGAAUAUUGGGAGUAUUGUGGAAAGAUCAAGCUUGAGAGAAAGCAAUCAUCGAGAGGUGAUAAUUAGCAUCACAAAAUAUAUGAGACUGCAUAACAUACCCAAAGAGCUUCAGUUCAAAGUGAGAAACUACCUUGAGCAUGCAUAUGAAGAGGAAAUAAGGAAAGGGAUUGAAGAUGACGAAAUUUUGACAAUGCUAAAUCCCAUCCUUAAUGGAAUCAAAAUGAAAAAUUUUAUAAGUUAAAAUAUUAAUUUUAUAAAAUUAGUUUUGGCCUAAUUUAAUGAAAAAAAUGCAAAUAGAAAUAUUAUUUAAACAGUUUUCACACUGAAUCGACUAAUUUUUGAAUUAAUUCUUUAUGAAAAUAAAAUUAAAAUUCACAAUGUUUUAUUUUUUAAAUUUUAUAAAAACAUUUUUAUAGAAUAGAAUUUUUUGUUCUAAUUUAUGGGGCGAGUAAGUGUGCCCUUAAGAGAUGAAAUUGCUAGAUAUAAGUACUUGCCAAUCAUUCAAACUUGUUCAAUAUUCAGCAAGUUCUUUAACUUGCAGACUAUAACCUAUUUUGCAAAAUGGCUGGUCAGACAUGAAACCCAGCUCCUCGCUUUCUUAAAAAGCAAACUACUAUUCUUGACAAUUAAAAAAUAGAGCGAUAUUGUAUCAUAUCGCUGAUAUGCUUUCUAUUGCUAUUUAUAGCAUCAUUAAAAGCAUGCUUUAUAAUUUAUUUCUAAUCCAAGUGUGUAUAAAAAUUUUAUAUGAUAAAAUUGCUAUGCUAAUAUAUAAGCGAGUUAAUAUGGAACUUAGAAUUUUUAUCUCAUAUUAAGCAUUUAUUAAGCUGAAUCUGGAUUAAAAUAGAUAGACCUAAAAUAAAUCAAAUCAAGCACAAUUAUGUAUCGUAAACGCAUAAUCUAACGUUAGUUGAGCUAAAUUAAUGUGUUUUGACCUAUUUAAUCUGUUUAAAUAGAGAAUUUGGCAAAUAAGCCUGAUAUAUCCUAUUUAAAUUUAACACAAAAAUAUAAUCCAAACUUGCUCAUCAAAUUAACUUUUUAGCUGAAUGUUAUUCUAAGGUGAGGGAUAGAGUAUUUAAUAUAUUAGCAAGCAUGCUAUAAUUUGCAAUAAAAUGCAUUCGGAAGAAUAUGCUGUAUUAUCACUUAUAUUUUUUACUAUGGGAGACAAGGAAGCUUGCUUUGAAGUUGGGCUGAUUUCAUGCUUGACCAAAUGGCUACAAGAAGAGACCUUUGCUCCUGAUGACGACGUUAUUAAGGCAGGUGAAAAGGAUAGGAUUCUUUACUUUGUAAACUCUGGGUCAGUCAGUGUAUACUAUGGAUCUCCUUCAUCAAGUGCAGCAAUUCUUUCCAAAGGAAAAUAUUUUGGGGAAAUUGCAUUUUUUGCAAAUCACCCUCGUACUGCAAGCGUAAAAAGUGUAGAGUUUUCAGAUAUCCUAUCCCUCUUUCCUCCAAUUGUCUAUAUUUUCCAAAAUCACUUUAUAUUCCUCUUUUCAUUACAGUCAGUAUAUCUGUGGAUUUCAACCAAGUGUGAGACGGAAUAGAGCAGCAGCCAAGGCUUCAGGAAAUUUUUACGCUUAUUGAGACAAUCUGCGAGGAUGGUGACUACACAGAGAUCAACGUUGCCUGCUAUCUAUGUAAAAAGAAUGGGCAUGUAGCUAUCAACUGCACGACGAUGGCUGUGCAUACUGAAGAAUCUCGAAAAGCAUGAAUGGCAAAGAAACAAGCAGGGACCUACAAAAUCAACUUAAGCGAGUAUUCAGUGCCAAAAGUCAAAAGGAAGGAGAGAAAAGUGAAGCACGUCAUGAGCACUUACAACAUCAUAGGAGUCUCAAGACCACCAGAAAAAAUGUAUAAAAACCACAAAGAACUACAAGAAAAAAUCUCCAAUUUCGUUGUCAAAAGAAGGACCAACAAGAGCAACUCCACAAAGCUAAGCGAGGUCAGCCAGCUUGAAGAUGUGCCUUUUCCUCUAAGGCACCAAAUAAGCAAGAUCUAUAAGGACUCAAGCAGUGGAACUGAAAAUCAAGAGUAA